AUGAAGUGGGAAGACUUCCCCCGCCGUCGAGAGAAAGCCCCAGGUAUCCCGCUUCUACGUCCAGCUAGUGGAUUUUUUACCAGUAAACUGCCCAUCACCUGUCGUGUGCAGGUUCAAGGUUACGGGAAAAAUCAUCAACUGGACGCUCUCGCCACUUUGUUUGUGGCUCAAAAUCCUGACAAAGAACGAACGGAAAAGGAAAAAGAAGAAAUUCAAGAUAAAAUAAGAAGGUUAAAGCCCCAGGUGACCAAUUUCCUUCAGUCAUGCUCGACCCCCUCUGCGGAUGCAUCCGGGUUCACUGGUCCGUCCCCUCCUGCCUGUCCCGUUUGUGGUUACGGCGGUUAUCAGUCGAUGCCUCACACUGGUUCGUGCGCAAUGCAUGAUAUUUGUGCAUGCUGCCAACGCCCAGUACCUGCGUACGUGCCGCAGCAGUCCUCUGAGAAUCAAGUGCAGUGUGAAAUAUGUCGGCGAUCAUUCUGUGCUCUGAUCAGUCCGACCGGAUGUCCCAAUUGUCUGAACGAUUGUCUAACUCGUCUGAUCGAUUUGCGCAAUAUGACUGCGUUGCCUUCGGAUUUGUUAUUACGUAACACAGUGGAGACGUCAAUCCUCAAAGACCACCUAGCCACUAAGGGUAUUUCUGUGAGCGAUUUCGUCCAGUCCUGCCUGGAUAAUCUGGAUCCCAAUCUCUUCGGCCCCAAUGGUUCCACGGAUCAAUCUCUCAUCUGUCAUGGUUGCGGUCUGCGCUGUCUGUCUCAAAUGGCCUACAAGCAGCGUGAGGCGAUUCCGAAUGACGAAUUACCGGUCACAGUUACCGCUCGACCGAAUUGCUAUUAUGGUCGAAAGUGUCGAACACAACGCACGAAUAUGAGCCACGCACAUCGAUAUAAUCAUAUUUGCGAACAGACGCGAUUCUAA